AUGGCCGAGCGGCUGUCGGAGGAGAAGAUUGCCGAAUUCAAGGAGGCUUUUUCCCUUUUCGACCGGGAUGGAGAUGGUUGCAUCACCACGAAGGAGUUGGGCACCGUCAUGCGCUCACUGGGGCAAAACCCCACCGAAGCGGAGCUGCAGGACAUGGUGGGGGAGGUGGAUGCCGAUGGCAGCGGCACCAUUGAUUUCCCGGAGUUCCUCUCGCUGAUGGCGAGGAAGAUGAGGGACACGGACAGCGAGGAGGAGAUCCGCGAGGCUUUCCGCGUCUUUGAUAAGGACGGCAACGGCUACAUCAGCGCGGCAGAGCUGCGGCACGUCAUGACCAACCUGGGCGAGAAGUUGACGGACGAGGAGGUGGAUGAGAUGAUCAAGGAGGCCGACUGCAACAACGAUGGCCAGGUCAACUACGAGGAGUUCGUGAGGAUGAUGACAGAGAAGUGA